UCUCUUUUCUGUUUCUGUGAACGGAAGUUAUUUUCUGUCUUGUCGAGCUAUUUGUGAAAAGGUUCUGGAACAUUUGCUGUUUUCAGAAGAGCAAUGAGCUGCCAAUACAGUCUCGUAUUUUUAUUCCUCUUUGGCUUCACUACUGCACUCACUGUUGCAGAGAUAUGUAAAACAGAUCUACUAGAGGGAACGUCCUGCACCAUAAAGCUUCCAACAAAAAACACUGACAAAUCUAAUGAGAUCAAAUGGGCCCAUCUCUCUAGUGAUGCCUUGAUUCACAGGAAAAAUGGGAAGAUCAAGAAACCCAUUCCAGGUCUAACAAUGGAAGAAGAUGGAUCAUUAAAAUUUGAAAGUGUUAGUCUGAAGAACACCGGCAAAUAUACAUACACUGUUUAUAAUGCUGAAGGUACACAGAUUGAUGCUGGAGAAAAGGAAAUUACAGUUUAUGCAAAGGCUCCUAAACCUACUCUGACCAUCAACUACAAAGAUGGGAUCUCUACACUCACCUGUCACUUCAGAGAGCGUCCAGAUCUGACUGUAUCCUGGUAUAAAGAAGACAUAAUCAUCCAGAAUGAAAACAACCCAGAACUGCUCUUGACAUCUGCUCAAGUACAGGAGAAUAAAACAUACUCGUGCAGUGUAAGCAAUCCUGUCAGCAAAGAGCAAAGUAACAGCAUUACAGUAUCAUUCUUAAAGACAUGCAGACAAGAGCUACUAGAGGGAGCGUCCUGCACCAUCCAGCUGCCAACAAGAAACAAAGAAAAACCUAGUGAGAUAAGAUGGAUCCAUCUCUCUAGUGGUGACUUCAUUCAGUGGAAAAAUGGGAUGAUCAGGACAAGCACAACAGAUCUAACAAUGGAAGAAGAUGGAUCAUUAAUAUUUGAAAGUGUUAGUCUGAAGAACACCGGCAAAUAUAGAUACUUUGUUUUUAAUGCUGAAGGUACACAGAUUGAUGCUGGAGAAAAGGAAAUUAACAUUUAUGCAAAGGCUCCUAAACCUACUCUGACAUUUCAAGUAGUGACGAUGCUCUCCUGUGACGUUGGAAAGCGUACAGAUCUGACUGUAUCCUGGUAUGUAGAUGGCAAAAUCAUCCAGAACGAAAAAAACCCAGUACUGCUCUUGACAUCUGUUCAAGUACAGCAGAAUAAACCGUACACAUGCACUGCAAGCAAUCCUGUCAGCAGCAGGGAAAGUGACGGCAUGACAUUACCACAUGAGACAGCGAUCACAGAGUUCUGAGGAAUCUCCUAGCACCAAAUCCUACCAAAACAGAUCCAAACGCAGUGAAAACAGCUCAUUACAGAUAACAACCUGAGUGUUCAUACUUCUCUAAACACACAGAAAUCACCUUAUGAAUUUGAAUUUUGGAAUUCAAUAAAGGCCAUAACAAGAUGCAUUUACAAUUUACAUUUGGCAGAUAAUUCAAUGUUACUGUUUAUUGGUUCAUCCCUUUACCUUGGUAUCUAAAUUAAACAGAAAUAAAUUACACAGUUGUGGUCAGAAUUAUUGGCACCCUUGGUAAAUAUGAUCAAAGGCUAUGAAAUCUGUAUUGUUUAUCUUUUUGUGCUUGCAUUUAACAUUUAAUUUACUUUAUUAAAAAAUAAAAUAAAACAAUAAUACACUUUAACCCACAAUUACUGGUACCCCUAGAAAUUAUUGUGAGUAAAAUAUUUCUAUAUCAUAUUCCCAUUCAUAUUUACAAUUUUAGCACACCAGGGUGACUAUGCUUCCUGUUCCAUAUGAUUAUAAAUAUGAGAAAAAAUAAAUGCCAAAUUUCCUUAAUCAUCAGAAAAGUCUAAAAAAAAAAGAAAAGAAAAAGAAAUAAAAAUAAUAAAAUAAAGCAUCUAUCACCACACAUUGUUUGGGAGGCUUUCAUGAAAAAAAAAAAUAAUAAUAAUCAAUAAGAAAAGAAAAUGCUAUCUUUUGAAUGAUUUAAGGAUCCUCAAAUGCAAACUGUGUAUUUCAAAUGUUUUGCUUCAAGAGAAAAACUAUACGUUUCUGUUGUGUUUUACUUUCAUUCCUUCAUUCAUUCAUUUAUAAUCAUUUAUCACUGAAUCAUUUUAUUAUUACAUUUAAUCAUUUACAAUAAUCAUUAUAGCCAUUUAUAUACUCAUUUCAUUGAUUCAUUACUUGAUUGU